UGUUCGUGACUAUGCCGCAUACUGUCACUGGAAUGGAUAACGGAAGUUGUAAAAAUAUGGUUUCCAACCUACCACUAUUGUUUGCUGGUGGGUACCCAACGUCACUGGAAAGAAUAACGGAAGCUCAGUUAGAAAAAUUCAUUCCUUUUAUGGUGCAGUGCUCUCUAGGAUAUAUACAUAUUCCUACUUUAGAAGAAUACAGUGAACCUGAAUGGUGGCCAGGAGAUCUUGAAUUCAUCAUACCUUUCUGUCGUCCAAAAGCAUUUAGAGGGAACUGGUUAGAAAAGAUGAGAGAGUUGGUUGUCAUCUGCUAUUCGUUCCACAAAUGCGUCUUUCUUCUUAGAUUUUGCACUGAUUUGGCAUCUUACGAACCAGCAUCUUUGAGAUUCAUUAACAACUACAACUCUACGACGUCACUAUACCAGCGCCACACGAGAAAGUUGCUGGUUACGUUCAGAAACGAAAAUAUGCUUUAUGAUCAAGCACAACAGACUUCUGGUCGAAAGUGCCUUCUACCCAAACAAAUAAAUUCACAGCAAUCAGACCUACAACAUGAACAAAUGGUUGAACCUGCAUUCUUCGAUAUUUACCUUUGUGAUGACUGCGACGCUGAACUUUACUCCUAUGAUGCGUAUGUGGAACACGAAAAGGUCUGCUUGAAUCGAAAAGUGGUCCAAGAAGAUAGCGAGGAUGAUGACGUCAUUUUUUGUGGAAGUGAAGUGCUACCUACACCCAAGCGAUCUGAUGAACAUAUUCCCGUUUAUACCGCACAAAAUAUGUCAUCAUUUCUCAUGAAUUUCAAUUUGUUCAAUAAAAACAACCCACUGGCCUUGCGGAAAAUUGGCAGUAUUAGUACUAGCGACCAAAACAUCAACAUAUUGAAAGGAUCUCCUGAAAAGCUUCGACGUCUCCCACGACGCACGAGAGGAAUUGUAACGCUUUCGAAAUGUACAUCAAUACCACUAUCAUCUCCGUGUGGUCAAUUCCUGCUCAGAAGUAGUAAAACAGUAAUGUCGAUUGAUUAUCAAAUGGAACGAUUGGAAAGGCUUGAACGAUUUUGUUUUGCACCUGCUCUUAUCAAAGAUGGAACACUAAUUACCAAUCGCCCAAAAUGGUUGAAUACAUGUAGACUAAAUACUAACGUAUCGGUAUCCUAUAAGCGGGGAUCCGACGAACUGGAGCACUAUCAUAGCUACAAGUUUCCUCGACGGCAAUUGUCCUCUGCAUGUAAAAUGCGUAAUUUUCAAUUUUAUAACAAAUUACUGAUCAACAGAUGCAAACCUUGUGCUAUAAAAUUACAAAGACUGACUGCUCAAGACAUUGAAAACCGAAAUAUCGACAUCAGGUUGCAACAUCUCAAUAUAACUAGAGCCUGUGCAUCGAUACAAGUUUUGCCAGAUGAACCGAAUAAAACUAUGCAUGUUGUGGUAGAUUGUAUAGACCUGUGUUCUUCGGAUGACGAUGAACCUGGAGUGAGCAUCAAUCAUAAUGGCUGUAUCAUUGCAGUAGACACAACAGAAGUUGAAAGACUGGUUGGAGAAACCCAAAAACCAUUACCUUCAGAAAUAAUUACCAAUACGGCAUCAUUAAAAAAUGCUACCGACAUAAAUUCUUCACACAUAGCCAGCAAUAAAACUGCCGGACACUGUACAUUUCAGCCGCUAACACCAUCUCUGCAUCUCUUCUCUAGUGCGCAUAAUGUUAAUCCUGCUACGUCACCGUCGCAUGCCCAUCCAAGUAGUACGAAUAGUUUACUACAGUGCUCGCUUUGUAUAUCAGAUGAAACUAAUGAUAACGAUAUUAUUCUCUCAAAUAUGGAAAAUCUAACAGAGGUAAAAGAAAAUCGAGUGAACGAUUGGCUCAAUGACGCAGCUAUAUCAACGGAAACUUUGACACAUAUGCCGCAAUCCCAUUUAGUUAUAACAACAGCAACACCGGUGAUAAAGAAUAGUGGUGGGAUUGCAGUCCCCAAAACAUUGCCAUCCUUGAUGAUGCUAGCAAGACCUCCGAGUCCGACAAGUAAGGAUAUACUAAUCAGACAGCGAACGGCUACGACGGUUGAUUUAAGUUAAAAGAUUUGUUGCUCUGUUCAUACGGCUACGUUGUUAAUUGUUAAAAAAUGUAAAAGAUUGCGUGGUACAAAAUCAAGACUUUUUCCGCAGACUACAUGUCAAAGACUGAUCAAUCUCACAUCAAAGCGUUCAAUAAGUGGCAUGACUCCAUCUUUGCGGCUAAUUUUUUUCGAAAGCAUACUGCCAUAUGUAAUUCGGCAGCCUAAUCUAGCAGAUUAUUUUUUUGAUAAGUGGUCAUCGUUUGCACACGUAUUUUAUUCUACAUUUCCAGUCAUUUUUUUUUUGUUUCCAAAAGCUUAAAUUAAUUUCUUGUAGUAACGUAUUCAGUAUGUUAUAGAUAAACAUAAUUUCCAUUUCACCCUGUAUAAAUUUGAUUGUAAUAUUUUUGAUAUCAUAGAAUAGGAUCUGUAAUUAAAC